AAACUUGAGUUUAUCUUGUUAUUCUCUAUUUUAGUCCUCUGCUCGCCAGUAUCGUAAAUACAGGCAUAAUUAAUCAUGUCUUGGACAUGGUUUGUGCUUGCACUUGCUGGACUCUUUUUCUUCCUGAAAAAAUGGAUAGCUAGAAAUACAAAUAAGAGAUUACCUCCUGGUCCAAGAGGGUUCCCCAUUUUCGGAUGCAUUCAAUUGUUAGGGAAGUUUCCUCACAGAGAUCUUCAUCAACUUUCCAAAAAAUAUGGCUCCAUCAUGUUCCUACGCUUAGGCUUUAUUCCGACAAUUGUCGUAUCUUCACCUCAAGCAGCUGAGCAGUUUCUUAAGACUCAUGAUCUUGUUUUUGCUAGCAGGCCUCUUCUUUUGACUGCAAAGCAUGUUACUUAUGGUCAAAAGAACCUCAUCUUAGCUCAGUAUGGAUCUUAUUGGCGCACCGUGCGCAAGAUGUGCACCCUGGAACUUCUUAGUAGUGUUAAGAUCAAUUCUUUCCAAGGUAUGAGAAAAGAGGAGCUCAAUCUCUUGAUAGAAUCGAUAAAAGCGGGUGUUGCUGCUGGUGUUGCUGUUGAUUUAAGUUCCAAGGUUUCGUCUCUUAAUGCAGACAUGACUUGUAGAAUGGUGUUUGGGAAGAAAUAUGCAGAUGAGGAGUUUGAUGAGAGGGGAUUCAAAGCAAUGAUGCAAGAGGCUAUGGUUUCAAUAGCCACUCCUAACUUGGGUGAUUUCAUUCCUCAAAUUGCUUCACUUGAUCUCCAGGGGUUGACCAAGCGAAUGAAGGCGGUUUCCAAGGUUUUUGAUGCCUUUUUUGAAAAGAUUAUUGAUGAGCAUGUUCAAUCCAAGGAUGAAAAAAGAACCAAGGACUUUGUUGAUGUCAUGUUGACCUUCUUGGGAUCAGAAGAAACCGAAUACAAAAUUGAUCGAGAGCGUAUCAAAGCCAUAAUCUUUGAUAUGCUUGUAGCUGCAGUGGACACUUCAGCGACCACCGUCGAGUGGGCACUUUCAGAACUCAUGAAGCAUCCUGAAACAAUGAAUAAACUACAGAAAGAAUUGGAAAAUGAUGUGGGACUAGGCAGGAUGGUUGAAGAAUCAGAUUUGGAAAACCUGGAAUACUUGGACAUGGUUUUGAAAGAAACCUUGAGGCUCCAUCCUGUAGCUCCUUUGUUACUCCCUCAUGAAUCCGUGGAAGAUUGCACGGUAAACGGCUUCCACAUACCAAAAAAAUCACGCAUUUUUAUAAACGUAUGGGCAAUUGGAAGAGAUCCUGAAGCUUGGACUGAUGCUGAGAAGUUUUUCCCAGAAAGGUUUGUUGGGAGUAAAAUCGAUCUUCGUGGCCGUGACUUUCAGCUUCUUCCAUUUGGUUCUGGCCGCAGAAGCUGCCCUGGAAUGCAAUUGGGACUCACUUUGGUGAGGAUAGUGUUGGCACAACUUGUGCAUUGCUUUGAUUGGGAGCUUCCUAAUGGGAUGUUGCCAAGUGAAUUGGACAUGACUGAGGAGUUCGGUCUUGUAGCUCCUAGAGCCAAACAUCUCUUGGCUAUUCCUACUUAUCGCCUCAACAAAUGAUAAUGUUGCUUGGGGCCUCUGGAUAAAAUAUUGAUCUUUAACUUCCUGUGGAGAAUUCAGGUUGUAUGAUAUUAAUAAAUCCUGGAUAUAUAAAUAAAAUCAGGAAUCCUAGGUUUUUUUUAUUA